UGAAUAAUUUAUUUCGAACCAUCGUUCCGUCCUGACAUUUGCUCACAUCGUCCCCGGGUAAACGUGGGCAGGAGCAUGAAUCCCUCAUCAGAACCCAGGAAAGGUCAAGUGAUAUUGAUCUCACUAUGCAAACGCGCUCUAUAUUGUCCGAAUCAAACCUUGGGAUCAGGAGGUCGAAACAUUUCCAGGUCCGUUCGGAGCUCAUUAUCAGAUCCGACUCCUUUGAUGCCUUUUACAUGUUGCGUUGUGGAAAUUACAGCCUGGAAUUCAACAUAGACUUGGCACAGGCUGGUGAAUGGAAAGAGGUUACAAAUUGGUGGUCAAUACGCGGUGCGUAAAACGCGCGCUCAGGGGUGGGGACUCUUUUGGAGAGGCAGGACUGGAGUGCACAAGAGGCGCGACUAUCUGCAUCCACAGGUUGAUGCUUCUGUCUGAGCAUCUUGGCAGCCCAGAUGUAAGAGCGCAGCCGGUGGAGAUGAACUGAGGAGUCGUAUGAGGACGCGUUUGGCUAAGCAGUUUGGACCAGGACUGCACAUAGAAGCCCAUGAGAAAAUGCCAAAUCCACAGCCUUGGAUUAUAAUCUGUCUGAGCAACAAUCUAACUGUACUGCGCAGGACUUUUCUGUCGUGAAAAAUCUCUUCCGAGGACUGUGCGUUUCGCUGUUCGUGACCAUCAUGCCACAGGUACCCCACUGCAGCUCCACCACGGUGACAACAGCAACAUAAUGGCAUGUAGGAGCGGUUGCUGCUGCGGCUCCGGUCCAAUAAACGAGGAUAACGCGAGGUUCCUUUUGUUGGCGUUGUUCAUCAUCGUCUAUCUCCUUUGCGGUGCCGCCGUCUUCUCAGCGCUGGAGCAGCCAAAGGAGCGAGAGGCGAAGGAGCGCUGGGCGCAGAGGUUCGAGCAUUUCAGCCAGAAGUACAACCUGAGUAAGAAAGACCUGAGUAACUUCCUCAGGAACUACGAGGAGGCGAACGUAGCGGGUAUCCGUGUGGACACAAUUAGACCUCGAUGGGACUUCACUGGGGCAUUUUACUUCGUGGGAACUGUGGUGUCAACCAUUGGGUUUGGAAUGACCACUCCUGCCACCAUAGGGGGAAAGGUAUUCCUGAUGUUUUAUGGACUCCUCGGCUGCGCAGCCACCAUCCUCUUCUUCAACCUUUUUCUCGAGCGCGUCAUCACGGUCAUCGCUGUCGUCCUCAAGUCAUGCCAUGAGCGACGCCAUAAUAAAGCUGUGCUCCCGCAAAAUGGCCAGCGAGUAUCAGGGGCAAACAGAGCAAGUGGAGCUGGGGGAAAUGGAGGAGGAAAAGGGGAGGAUUUGGCUGGCUGGAAGCCAUCGGUCUACUGUGUCAUGCUCAUUCUAGGAGCAGCAGCCAUCUUGGUGUCUUGUUGUGCCUCGCUUAUGUACUCGGCCACUGAGGGCUGGGGCUACCUGGACUCACUCUACUUCUGCUUUGUGGCCUUCAGCACCAUCGGUUUUGGAGACAUGGUGAGCAGCCAGCGGGUUGUUUACGAGGGCCACGCCACAGCCGCAUACCGGCUUGGCAACUUCUUCUUCAUCCUGACCGGCGUCUGCUGCAUCUAUUCUCUCUUCAACGUCAUCUCCAUCGUCAUCAAGCAGGUCCUCAACUGGCUGCUGAGGAGGCUGGAAGCCCCCUGCCGCUGCUGCUUCCCCAGGAGGGGUCACCACCCUCAUAGGCACCCUCGAAGGAAUGUGGUGGCCCCGGGUCACCUGCGUGCCCGCAGAGAUCCCUCCAUUGAGACGGACGGCAUCAACGAGAGCGAAACUGACACUGGGCGCAGGAUGUCUGGGGAGAUGAUCUCCAUGAGGGACUUUCUAGCAGCCAACAAGGUGAAUCUGGCUAUUAUGCAGAAGCAGCUUUCAGAGAUGGCCAUCGGUCACCCGCGCCAAUCCAGCUCCAGUUCUCGUCAGAACGGAUUCUCGGGAGGGGUGGGCGCCCUUGGCAUCAUGAACAACCGACUGGCAGAGACUAGCGUGGACAGAUAGGGGAAACAGUGUAAAUCCUUUUGGAAAGGAUACAAAUGGCUGAGAGGGUGAAAUUAAGUUAGGGCGAGCUGUGGACUGCCUCCCUGAGAAAAAGGACACAGGUGGUGUACAAAUCUGAAUUCAUGACUAUGUAAUGCAUCUUUUCCAUCGACCCGGAGAUGACCUGCAGCAGCUUAGAAUCAAACCCUCUAAGCUCUCUUGGCUACAUGAAUGAUGCAUGAUAGUUUGCAGGAUUCUAACAUCUGGACCAGACGCAGUGUGCGGGAAUGUUCCCCCGUGAGGAAUUUAGUUUCCAUGGUGAUAAAAAAGCCUGACUAGAGCCCUUGUAUCUAAGCCUUAAAGACCUGAUAACACUAUACACUACUUCACACCUAUCUGCAACUUCCACUCAACCACAGUACUCACUAUGACUCUACCCACAUCCACUCCACUGUGUCUGACACCGUAAAGGACAUUAAUGAGAAGAAAAUAGCUUUAAUAAAAUGGGUGUUUCUUGGUUUUGUGCCUAACAGUACAUCAAAUGAAACGAGAAUCCCAAUUCAUGGAUAAUUGAAUGUUUACCUUCACCACAGAAUACAUCAUUUUGCAAUUAGACUAUCAAUGACACUCUUAUUCGCAUCAUUCAUGACUCACAACACAGUCAUAUUAUAUGCUGUUCAAUAGCCUCCGUCUUUGGCACGGCUUCAAUUCAUUAUCACGACAAAUAGAAGACAAAACCCCACGAAGGAACAGACUCAUCUCUAUCUGUAUGGGUGGUUUUCUGAGUCUGAGAUAAAACCUAUUAUGUGUAAGUGCUGUUUACUUUAUUGUUUGCUGCACAUCAUCCAAACACAGAUGUAGACAUUAUCACACCGAGGCAUGUAGGUAUUGAUAUAAAUUCAGUGGAAAAAGUCCCACUGGGGCUUAUUAUUUGAUUUUUUUUUACAGUUUCAGUUUUUUUUUCACUGUUUGUGUUUGAUUCACAGCAACUGCAGUAAACAAGGACAGCAAGAUACUGUAAUAUUGUUCAUAAUAUGCCUUGAUUCCAGUGAAACCUGCAAGCAAGAGGAAGAAGAGCUUUUGGACAAUAUGCUUGAUUUAAGGAGCAUCUUCAUUCUCUUUGUAAAUGCAUCUAACAGGGAGAAGUCCUCCAUGCUCCAUUUCUGACGUCACCAACUGAGCUUUGUUAGCUUUGAGUGAAGUGUGUCUGUUUGCCAGAGAGCAACCUUUAGUGUUUUCUUGACAAACACAAUCAAACCUGCAAAGAACGAAUGUUAAGAAUGCUAUAGUAUUUUUUGUACAAGGUCGUCAUGAUUUUUUAGGAUGAUUUCCACUGGUUGUAAGAAUACUAUAUAUGUAAGUCACCUCCGUUUCACUUCACAGCAAAAAGUGAGAAGAAGAAGGUGAGAUCCAGGUGGCACUAAUAAAACAUAUGCAGAGUAAAGAAUGUAUUUGUUUGAAAAGAAAGAAACACGCCCAAUUGCUUGACUCCUUCCACAAACAUUUUCCAAUAAAGAUUGGAACAGUAACCUCAGCAUGUUGCAAAUGUCCCAAAAAGAUUUUCUUUAAAAUUUUAGGGCGCUGGUUCCCAACCUGAGGGUCCCGACCCUCACUAGGGGUCACCAAAGCUUCCUGGGAUUCAUGAGGCCUUAUUGACUUUAAAGGGUGCAAGAAAACUUAUAUCUUAGAAGAAAUGAAGUGAUACUGUUAGUUUGAAAGUUUAGACACACCCUUCGCUCUCUAAAAACUGCUCCAUCUUUCAUGAGAAAAAUAUGCAGUUAAAACAACCAAGCAGCUAACAGAACAGAACAAUGGCCAAGCGCCAAGAGGAAAUAAGCCUGUCAAUCAUGUGUGCUUGUUAAAAAUGAAGAUUGUGUGAAAGGUUCCUAAAAAUAAACUCAUCUUGACGCAAUUGCCACAUCACUCGUUUUACACAAGCUUCCUGCAGUUAUUACAUCCUACUAUUUGGGUUAAUUGUGCAGUUUAUCAGUUGUCCUGCACUGUCAC